AUGAACCUUGGGCAACUUCAGACAGGAGGAGUGAGCGUCCUUUCAUUGCGCCAUCCUCGGCGGUUUUUGAAGGGUUUUUUUGCUUGCUGCGGCGCUUGGGAGUCGUCAUGGCAGGGUUAUCCUUUGUCAGAACAAUCGACUAUUGUGGUCAAAUUUGAUCCUGUUUUUUUCCUCAAGACCUCCCUGACCUUGGUCAGCUACUAUCACUACGGCUUGCAAGUCGGAGACAUUCAAAUGGCGAUCUACUCGUACAUGAUGGGACUGUACUACGAGCUCGUGUGUGGGCGUUCGCUUGUGACUGUCACCGAAGAAACGCGAGAGACCAUGGCACAUCUCAAAGCGAUGAAUUGCGACUCCCAAAUGGAACUACUGUCUGUUCUAUUUCAAAGUAUGCUGAACAUGAAAGGGGAAGCAGAAGAUCCUUUGGUACUCAAGGGAGAAGCCAUGGAUGAGACAGCAUUGGAUCCUGCCUCGAUAACUUCUUGGAACGAUGCCCUGAUAAUUGGGUACAAAGGUAUCCUCAAUGCGUAUUGCGGCAAUCAUCAAGCCAACGCUGAAGAGAUUCUUGAAAAGAUGCCCUUCGUAAGAGAUGAAGUUGGCGCCAAUGCAAUCAUAAUGUGGCUUGAUAUCUAUGUCGCUGUGUCUUGUUUGCACUGCGCCCGUUCCAGAGGCAAGCGAUCAGGAAAAUACCGAAAGCAUGGUCAGAAUAUUAGCAAGACGGUCAAGGCAUGGAUUGCCCAAGGGUGUCCAAACUUUUUACACCUUGACUACCUCCUGGAUGCAGAGUUUGCUGUGUUGAAGGGUGAUUUCAAAAAGGCUUGCAAAUGCUAUAAGCUGUCGAUCAAGAUCGGAGAGAAAAUGGGUCGGAUCAACGAUGCUGGGUUGGCAUCCUCGGAGCGGCUUGGGGAAUAUUUGCUUGAAAAGAAGGAUAGAGACGGUGCUUGGAAGGCUCUGCUGCGGUCGAUCGAAUUCUACAAGUUAUGGGCAUCGGAUUACAAAGUGGAAUCGGUACGCUCGACCCACGAAGAGUUUCUUCGUCCAUACCGUGUCUUUCAGAAGUGA